CAAAAAUAUAUCAUGAGAGAAAUCAAUUUAAGUCUAAUCAUGCAAAAGGCAAUAUCUGAAUAUCACUAAAUUGUCUGCCUCUUGCUUUGUCAGGUCCAUCUAUUGUUUAAAAUGGGGAGGUGGGAGGAGGAGGAGGAGGAGGAGGAGGAGGAGAGAGUCUGGGGGUGACUGAUGAGCCAUUGUAUGCAGAGGCCAACAUGAUGCUUCUUUUAAUUCUGCACAUUUGUCAACUGCUGCUUCACAUCCAGCAUUCAUUCAUUCACAGUGAUACAGUGCAAGAGCAAGUGAAAAACAGCACAGUGUGUUGUUCUAUCUUGAAGCGUUAGCCUCUCAGUUGACAUGACAUGUAGUUAGCCGGCUUGUAAUAAAGCCAAGAUGAAUACAUUAGCAUUAGCCUCCAGCGCCUCCAUUAGCCUGGCUGUUCGCUAACUGUUAGCCAUCUUGCUUUGUGUCCCCUUGCCUUUCCUUUCACCGUUAGCCUUUUAGCUAGCGGCUAGGCUAGCUUCACAGUGCUCAUUUCAUGAUGACGAUUAUUAAAAUGGCUGAUUUGAUUGCUAACAAUGGCUAGCGGAAUGCUUUCACACGCCAGCCUUUCUUCUGGCACAUUAAUUAGCCAGGUUUUCUUUUUUUUUUUAAACCUUCUAUAGCCUGUGUGGAUAAUUCAGGUAGUUGGAUUUGAAGCCUCAGCGACAGUGACAGUGGUCUCGGGCUCAACUUCAGGAUCCAGAGAUGUCAGUUAUGUUUUUCUGCAAACGCUCCUGAAGUGAACUUUCUACUAUAAAUGGAAAUAGGAACGUUUUCAUUACACGGAAUACAACAAGCCUGUAACACAAGGGAGCAGAACUGUAGUCACCGAUGGCAACCAAAGGGCAGACAGUGGUGGGAUCCAUACGAGACAUCUAACAGAAGACAAUUCAUCUACCGGCCGAACUCAGCUGCAGAAAUUCUGCUGUGCCCGAGGUCGACUUCAUUCAUAGACUCCUAUUCGCAGUCCCAACCUUUCGGUUCAACUGUGUACAAUAAGGAUUUUUACUGGAAACCAGCCUGUAAACCUGAAUGCAUCCGCACAGGGACAGCCUCGGGCCAGAGGAGAAACAACCCCCAUCCAAGUCAGUCAAACCAUUUCUUCAAGUCUUUCAUGAUGUGGCGGCUGCCGAGGGACGCAGCUCCAAGCUCUGAGUAUGUCGCCGUCCCUUGGAAGUGUCUCCCGUCUGAGGCGGAGAUCCGAAAGGCCUUGACAGCACAGUACCGCUCCACCUACAGAUGUGACUUCAUGGGUAUGCCUCAAGGAUGUGAUCGUAUUAACAGUGCAGAAAGAAGACUCACACCAAAGCACAGCAGGCGUGAAGUGCCGCCCUCUACUGACACAGAGAUGAGGGACAAUUACCGCCAGCCAAGGCAGAAACCUGAGCUGCUGCCCUACAGGCACGACACAGCCUCUGGCGUGACCUGUCGUGGUAUAGUUCCUACUGUUCUGCAAGGACACGCGCACACUCAUCAGACAAGAUCAGACCUGACAAACUCCGACAGGUUUUGUGGGAAGAGAGUCACACGUGUGAGAGACUCUCUGCCGCCGCCUGAGCUGCAGCAGUCGCACAGAGCGCUACCCGAGGAGGGAAGGGACGCUUUGAAAAAGACAAACAGAGAGGAGAAAGUAGAGAAACUUCCGGCGGUCGUGGUUAACUCCCGCACGCCAGAGAGAAUAUCGAGCUGGCCAGGACCUGCCUGAACCUUCACCACUUGGGUUUGUUCAUUUGUGUUUGUAUUUUUGUGUAUUUGGGGUGAGGAAAUGUAAUAAAUCAGACAUCGUAAUAUAGUGAAAUACACUGUAAAUUAAAAGUGUUGCACUGCAUUUAUUUACUGUCAUUAUUUUGUAAAAUUUGUGUGGUAAUUAAACA